UCUGCGGAACUUGAGUGCUUAGCGGAAAGUCACCAGCAUUUGUCCAAGGAGUCGUUAGCAGCAAACAAACCCGCCAAUGCUGUACUUCAUAAGGUAAUCUUUCACACAGAACGUUUAGUAGUUUAUGGCUUCAACAGCCUGUGAAUAGGCUUUCCAUAAAGGGAGGGUGGGGAGAAACCGUGAUAAAGCCAGCCGAUCGUGACACGGGGCGAGGGACCAUUAGAGAUAAUUCUUGCUGCACACUUCAAAGCGUUUGUAGGCUGAUAUAGUGUCCAUCGUGAGCUAUUCUUGCAUGUUGCUUAUUCAUCACAAUAAAAGUAGCAUCUUUCGGACUAUAAGCUUGUGAAUAUUGUCGCCUUUCAUCGCUCCCCACUUUUUGGAUGUUUUGUGAGAGACUGUGAAAGUGAAUUUUAUCUACUUGGGAAUAUACAUUUUUAUCACUUCUUUCCAUAAUCACUUCACUCGUUGUAAUUACAACGAUUAUGCCGGUGAUCAACGUAAGACCUGGAAGACCAUCAAUGAAUUGACUUCCCGCAAAUCUAAUAAAACAAUAAUAAAUGAAAUACAAUAUCAGGGACUAAAAUCGAGCAAUCAAGCAGAAGUUGCUGAAUUGUUGAACACUUUCUUCAUUGAGAUUGGACCAAGGCUUAGUCGAAAUGUUUCGAAUGUUGAUACCACCUACAAAGAGUUUCUUUGUGGAACUUCUAAGGAGUUUGUCUUCAAGGAAAUAACAUCUGCUCAUAUUUAUUCCCUCCUUUCAAAACUUUGUAAAUCAAAGGCCACUGGAUUAGAUAGUAUAUCAGCUAAAUUAUUAAGGGAGUGCCCUGAUCUAAUUGCCGAGUCUCUUACUGUAAUAUUUAAUCAAUCACUGUUGACAGGAAUUUUUCCCGAUGAGUGGAAGUCAGCUAGGGUUACUCCAUUGUAUAAAAAUUCUGGUAAACGAAAUGAUCCCACCAAUAAUCGACCAAUAUCGGUGAUCCCAGUCGUGGCCAAAGUAUUUGAACGGGUAGUCUACGGCCAGUUGUAUCACUAUCUUACUGAGAAUCGUAUUCUAUCCCGUUACCAAUCUGGUUUUCGUUCUUUACAUUCUACUGUAACUGCAUUACUCGAAGCUACCGAUAGCUGGGCAGUGAACGUUGAUCGUGGCCUUGUCAAUGCCGUUAUCUUCGUAGAAUUAAAAAAGGCUUUCGACACAGUUGAUCAUCAUAUCUUAUUAACGAAAUUACAAUAUUAUGGAUUACGCGGUUCCUGUCACGAAUGGUUUACUUCGUAUUUAAACAAUCAUACCCAAACUUGCCAAAUUAAUUGCUCAAUGUCAAACCCAAAAUUAGUUACAUGUGGUGUUCCCCAGGGAACAAUUCUUGCACCUUUAUUGUUUUUACUUUAUAUUAAUGACCUACCUAAUUGCUUGCAUUUUUCACAACCUAGAAUGUAUGCCGAUGACACCAGCCUAACUUAUGCCAGCGCAGAUUUAAAACUCAUAAAUGACCUGCGUUAAGGACGAUUUAAACAAGGUGUAUAUAUGGCUAUGGGCUAACAAACUGACCCUUAACUUGACUAAAACUGAGUUUAUGUUAGUUAUUGGGUCGAGGCAGAAGCUAUCAAAGCUUUCUGAACCUCCUUCUUUUAUGAUAAACGACCAUCCCGUGAUGCAAAUCUCUUGGAGUGCAUAUUGACCAAAACUUCAGCUGGGAAUGCCACAUACAGAGUAUUUGUAAAAAGAUUGCUUCUGCUUUGGGUGCAAUUAAACGAAUACGACAUCUUAUUCCUUUUAAUGUAUUAAUUAAUGUUUACGACAGUUUAAUUCAACCGCAUUUUGAUUACUGUAAUGUCGUAUGGAGCAACUGCGGCAUUGGUCUUUCCGAUAAGCUGCAGAGGCUCCAAAAUCGUGCAGCCCGUAUUCUAAUGUCCGCUAAUUCUGAUUGUAAUGUGGACGAUUUGUUCCUGGCACUGGGUUGGCGUAAGCUUAAACACCAAAGACAAGUAUUGACGGCUAUUAUGAUGUAUAAAACCGUACAUGGGAUGACUCCCGACUAUCUAACAUCUAAAUUUGCAUCUCGUGACGAAAUAACUUCUUAUCGAUUGAGGAAUACUGAAAAUAAAUUAGUCCUUCCACUGCCCCGUACCAAUUAUUUAAAGAAAAGUUUUUCCUAUAGCGGAGCUAAGCUGUGGAACAGCCUAUCCCAUGAUUUAAGAUCUGCAAAUUAUUAACCUGAUUUUAAACGCAAACUGUGUCGCAACAGUCUUGAAUGAGAUCAUACAUUAAUACAGUUUUACAUGGCAUCCUUGAAAAGCAGCUUUUAUUUGUAAAUAGCUAGGUAGUUAAAAUUUUAUGAAUAUAUUUUCAAUCAGAGUUAGUUUAGUUAGGUAUAAUAGAUCUUACAUUUUUUGUACAUGCUGAAGGAAUUUUAACCGUGUUUAAAUAAAGUUAUCUAUCUAUCUCUAUCUAUCUAUCUACAACUGUACAUAACAUAGUGACCCUGUUAUAUGACUGAUAAGUUUAUGGUUCGUUUAAGACAAAAAAAAUCAUUAUAUCUCCAGGCCCCAGUUGUUCAAAAGCUGUAUAGCGACCAAUAGCGCUAUCCACUGAUUGCGAUUAAUCUGGUGGAUACGUAUUAGGGAAACAAAUUGUAAUAUCCCCUGGAUAGUGAUUUAUCCAGUGGAUAGGACUUUUCAUCUUUUUACCUUCUAGGAUGUAACAGAAGGACAUUUAUCGUUUUUGUUUUUGUUUCAGUACUUAAUCAGCUGGAGGAGUUGCUAUAUGACAUGAGGUCGGACGUCAAUCGUCUUCCCUUUACACUAGUCCGAAUGCCUCCCGUUACUGCUCGGCUUAACAUGUCAGAGAGAGGAAUCCAUAGCCGUCUAACGAAACGUGGUGAGGGACCACCACCCAAUGUUACCAUACCUAGAAACUCCAUUCAGCCCCCACCCGUUCCAGGAAUGGGUUCAACUGCUAUCCAGCCAAAGGUCCAAGCCUUGGUGUUGGGCGGUGGCACUAUCGUGCCCCCUGUGCAAAUGAGAGCAGGAACCCUGCACUACAAUACAAGCUCUGAAUACUGCGCUCCACCCGUGACAGGCAGCAAUGCAACCAUCACAGUCCAGCCGCCUACACCAACUACUCUAUUCCGCUACUACAUCAAGUCAGGCCAGGCCGGGGCUCGUGCAGAAUAUACCCAAACCUCUCCGAUGAUCAGUCAUCACGUAAACUCACCCACCCCCACACAUUACGUCACUACUCUUCUU